AUGGGCGGCCCGCAAGAUUCUUGGGAUGGGAAAGGCUCGGCUGAUGACGGCGGCUUUUGCAUUCCGCGACAGCUAACUAUUCCUGAGAUUCAGGAAGUCGUUAAAGCCUUUGCUGCGAGUGCCAGGCGGGCAGUUGAAGCUGAGAUCGACGUCAUUGAGAUCCACGGCGCUCACGGCUAUUUAAUCUUUCAAUUCCUGAGUCCGAUCACGAAUCGCAGGUCGGAUGAUUACGGCGGUAGUUUCGAGAAUCGAACUCGUCUACUGGAUCGAAGUUAUUCGUGCUAUACGCGCCGAGAUACCAAUGGAUGGGGGAGACUGAUCUGGGCGAGAAAUAUGGUAGCUGGGACGUACAAAGUACCAUCAGACUUGCAGCUCUUUCUACCUUUGCUCGGCGUCGAUCUACUCGAUGUCAACAGUGGAGGAAAUCACCCGCAACAACGGAUCCAGAUGAUGUCUUCUAGCGAUUACCAGACAAAAAUCGCUUGUCAUAUACGACGCACGCUGAAGGAAGCCAACUCGAAGCUACUCAUCGGUGCGGUCGGCCUCAUUACUCAGGCAGUGCAAGUCAGGGAUAUCGUCGAUGACGGAUCUGACAAGAGUACCAGGGAUGAAUCUGCCCUCGCAAAAGACAUGACUAAUACCAGAGGUAAAGAACCGAUGGCUGAUGUGAUUCUCGUUGCGCGGCAGUUUCUGAGAGAACCCGAGUGGGUGCUUAAGGUUGCCUGGAAACUAGGGGUCGAGGUCGCAUGGCCCAAUCAAUUUUGGAAAGUGGGGUUUCGAUAG